ACACACUUUAUUGUAUUUCCUGUCUACAAUCAUGGAGGCAGUUCCAAGAUUGCCUAUGAUGUCUUUUGAAUCAAAACAAUGCUCAGACAGUGUAGAAUUUACUCCAGUUUUGCGCUCGUAUAUUUUAAAUCACUACGGGGAAAAUCCGUCAAAAUAUGAAAAAGCAUUGGAAGAACUAGAAAACUUACGAACGACCGCAACCAAAUGUUCAAAAGAUUUAACAAGAUGUAGUAUAUUAAAAAAAUACUAUGCUCAGUUACAUAUGCUUCAUAAUCGUUUUCCAAUGGGAGAAGCAGACCCAGUGGCUGUUGCAUUUACAUGGGAUGAUGCUUUUGGAGGAUCAACAGUCGUGCAUGCCGAUAUUAAAUUCGAACAAGCUUGUAUUCUAUAUAACAUUGGCUGUUUAUACUCUAGCCUUGGUGCUUCAGAUACUAGAAACACACAAGAAAGCUUGAAAGCAUCUUGCACUCAUUUCCAAAUAGCAGCUGGAGCCUUUGAAACUGUUAGAGACUCCUUUAAUCCUUCAUACUCUUCGGAUUUUGACAGCGACGUACUAACAUUCCAGAGCAAUUUGCUACUGGCUCAAGCUCAAGAAUGUAUUUUAGAAAAGUCUAUGUCGGAGAAUAGGAAAAGUACUAUCACUACAAAAAUUGCCGCUCGUAUUCGCCAAUUUUAUACAGAAUGCCAAAAAAUCUUGGAGUUAAAACAUACAGCAAAAAUAUUAGGGGCCAAAAAGCAUAAGGAAUGGAAAAAAAGGAUAGAUUUGAGAAUUAUUUAUCAUCAUUGUUUGACAUACUUUUAUUCUGGUAUGCAAGCAGAAGAAACAGAAAAGUGGGGAGAAAGGUUGAUGUAUUUUGAAGCAGCGUUGGAACAGAUGCAAUCCUGUUUGAAAUUGGCGAAGGAUUCAAUUCAAAUGGAAGAAACUGUGCGGUUUGUUAACGAUGUUGUUACUGGGAAGUUCAAUUCCGCUAAGAAAGAUAAUGAUUUCGUUUAUCAUGCAAAAGUACCAAAACUUGAAGAUUUUACACCUGUAGAAGGAGCUACAUUAGUAAAAGGAAUAAUUUUUGAUCAUACUGAUGUUGAAAUAUCUGGCCUUGACAUCUUUAGAGAGUUAGUUCCAUUGGAAGCUCAUGAAGCCUCUUCCAUUUAUAGUGAAGAGAAGGCCAAACUAUUAAGAGUUAUUGGAACAGAAGUUUCUGAUGCUGACGAAGAGCUUACACAACGAAUGAAUCAGUUAGCUUUUGAUAAAGAAUUUUUAAAUAUCGAUAAGCAAGUAUUGCCUGAUUCGGUAUUGGAGAAAUGUGCUGCUAUUAGCGCUAUGCCUAAUUCUACAUCCGACUUACGUCAGUGUCUACAUUCUUUAUCUGGAGCUGCUUCGAAAAUUGAAGAAAAAAUUACAAAGAUUCAUAAUAUAAUAGCAAAGGAGAAACGAAAUGAAGAUACAUUUCAAAAAACUUUCGGUAAAAGGCAGGUUGAUUCUCGCCUAAUCGAGUUGGGAAAUAAUGCAGAAGAAAGUGCUGAAUUAGUAGACAAAGCAGCCCAAACUACACAGGUUCUUUGUCAAGCUAUGGACGAUCAUAUAGCUAAUUUGAAAUUGUUGUGUGAUCCACAAGAAUUAAAUCGAAAUUUACCAAAUAGAAGUAUAUUGACUGAAAAUGAAGAGGACGUUAAAAUCAUAAAACAAAUGAUAAAAUUGAUGGAAAAGAUUGAUGAAAUGGUUAAACAAAGAAAAUUAUUAGAAACUUCAUUGAGAGAUGCAAUCCAUUCUGAUGAUAUAACAAAAGUUAUUGCUGGCAAAGGCGGAACCCAAGAUCAAGAGGAAUACUUUAGGACAGAAUUAAAAAAGCACGAUGAAAACUUGAACCUAUUAAGACAGAAUAUAGGCGCACAAACAAAUAUUUUGAAAGCAUUGGCUGAAUGUUAUGUGAAAUUUGCUCCAAUUCGCAGAGAAUUAUCUGAAAUUGACCAAAAGCGAAAUAAAAAAAUUGAGUCCUUGAUUGAAUCUUUCGAUGUUUAUACUGAUUUGAUCAACAAAUGGAAAAAUGGAAUGGAAUUUUAUGACAAACGAGAUGCAAUUAUAACAAAUAUACUAGCUGAAGUAGAAAAAAGACAUGCUGAACAGGAAGCAGGGCGAAAAAGAAUUAUGGAAAAAUAUGGAAUCAAAGAAGCUGUAAAACCGGAUAUAGACAUGCAACCAAACUAUAUACCAAAUGCAUCUGAUUUAUGCGGGGAAACGGGAAUGACCCAUUCGGAAAUGAAGGCACUUGGAAUGCAGAUACCACAGAAUCCGAGUUUAGAAGAUCCAUCAAAAAAGAAAACUCUUAAGGAUCAUAUGCCUUAUAUGCAAAAGAGAAGUGAAAGAACGAAGGGAAAGAAAAACGUAACUAAUGCUAAACCAGAAAAUAUUGAUAUCGAUGAUCAAGAAGCAUUGGCUGCAAUAGCAAGUUUGGAGUCUGCUGAAAAGUAUUUAACAUCAAACUUUCAAAAUAUACCUUCUUUACCUGGAAAGACACAAGCUACUCUUGCGAAUAGUUCUGAAAAUAGUUCAAACGCACCUUUAAAUUCUUUGAACUAUACUCCCACCCACCAACCCCCGUCUGCUCCAUCUAAUCUAACUAAAAAUUUUAUUUCUACACCUACUAUUCCACCACCUCAGGGUCAAAAAGGUCAAUCAGCGUAUAAAAUGUCUUACGAAGAACAAGAAAUGGCUGCAGCAGCGGUUGCUAUGUUUGAUCAAGCUAUUGGAAAACAAGGAAAUAUACUGGCGAACGUUCCAGCGAGUGGAUACGCACCACCUUACGUUCCGGCUCCUAAUACAUUAGCUGAACCUGCACCUUACGGAGUAGGAACAGCCAGUGUCAAUUCAUCAGUCCCAACUAAGAAAUAA